UAUUUUUGUUGCUUUUGCCCCAAUCAGAACUUCUGCAUUUUUUACACCGUUUCUUCUUUGGCUCACCCAUGAAUGGAAUCCUGUGCAAAACUUCCAUUCUUACGUUAAUCCUGUUGUCUACUUCGAUCUCGCUCUCGCAAUACCGUGCACUCACUAUGAACAUCUUAUAUUUGACUGAGGCUUCAUUCGCUGAAAAAGUGAAGACACGACAAGCUCAGAAGACCGAAGUGUUGAGUUUCCAAGCAUGGAUGAAAUGCACAAUAUGUACACUGAUGAUUGCUCAUGAUUUAUGGCUGUGCCGUUUUUGAGAAAGGUAUGAUGCAAAGAAUGACUCGUAUCAAUCUCCUCACCCAAGUUCAUUGGCUGCGGCGCUUGUGGGUACCAU